CAGCAGAGCUGGCUCCUGGCUCAUCGGGGAGCAAGAGCUGUACUUGUCUGCACAGGCCAGAGAGGAGCUGAGUGGCAGAGAGGCCAUUUCCCCCAAGGCUCAGGACACUUGAAGGACAACAUCCACCAUCUUGCUCCCAGUGUCCUAUAGAGAGAAGCUCGAAGCAGACUGGAGUUUCUGGAAAGCCUACCCACCCAAAAUUGUGACUCCCACCCCUGCCCCCCAGUCCCCCCAGCCUUCCCACCAAGACACUCCUUAGAGGCUGUCCAAGGAGUCGCCUUCAGACCCUGCGCUCUGGAUUCUGGCCGGGACCCUCUGCCUGCUGUGGCUCGUGGAAUCUCAACAGCAUCCUCGGCCACCACCUUCAAGGCGUCUUGGGGCAUGGGCCAGAAGAAAGCGGCCCUCAUCCUGUGCCUCGUGGUCCUCAUCGUCCUGCUGAUUGGCCUCAUCCUCUUGUUCUUGUUCUGGAGGUCCAGCACAGGCAUCGUGUACAAGGAGCCGGAGGAGAGCUGCGGGGACCGUGCAGUGCGCUGCGAUGGGAUUUACGACUGUUCCCAGCGGAGUGACGAACUGGACUGCGUCCGCUUUGGCUGGAACCAGUCACUGCUGCACGUCUACUCCAGCACCGAGAAGCAGUGGCUGCCCAUCUGCAGCAGCGCCUGGAAUGAGACCUUCUCCACUAAGACCUGCCAACAGCUGGGAUUCCAAACAUCCUCCCACACAGAGUACAUUCCUCUGUCCUUCUCUGGGAAAAGCCUCGUGGUUGCCGGGAUGCACAAAACCAUUCAGCAGAGUCUCAACAGCUCCCGGUGCCCGACUGGAAAAUACGUGGCUCUCCGUUGCACUCGCUGCGGGCAAAGGAUGUCCAGCCGCAUCGUCGGAGGCACCGAAACUCUGGCUAGCAAGUGGCCUUGGCAAGUGAGCCUCCGGUAUGGAUCCACCCACAUCUGCGGAGGCACCAUCAUCGACCCCCUGUGGGUCCUCACAGCCGCCCACUGCUUCUUCAUGAACAACGAGAAGAUCCUGGACGAGUGGCAGGUGCACGCCGGGGCCUCUGACCUCAGCCACUCAGCGGAGGCCAUCCCAGUCUCGCACGUCAUCAUCAACUCCAACUACAGCGAUGAUCACGACUUAAUUCAUGACAUCAGCCUGAUGAAGCUGUCGGUGUCUCUGACUCUUUCAGCUCCAGGGUCUCACUUGCCUGCCUGCCUCCCCAUGUCUGGCCAGAAGUUCCUUCCCGGGAGGACGUGUUCCAUCACGGGGUUUGGGAAGACCAGCGAGAAUGAUGAGAACACCUCCCCGAAGCUACGGGAAGCAGAGGUGAAGAUCAUUGACUACAGGCUCUGCAACAGCCAGAAUGUCUACGAAGGCUACCUGACCCCCCGGAUGAUGUGUGCUGGGUACUUGCAGGGUGGCCGGGAUUCCUGCCAGGGUGACAGUGGGGGUCCUCUGGUCUGCCAGGACAGCAGCCGUUGGUAUGUGGCGGGGGUCACCAGUUGGGGGACCGGCUGCGGCCAGAGGAACAAGCCCGGCGUCUACACUCGGAUCACGAAGCUGCUCAGUUGGAUUCACAGCAAAAUGGAGAGCCAGAGCAACUGACGAGAGGGAGGCUGCCCACCCGCCCACCCCUGCUCCUGGAGAAGGACUCUCCUGCAAGUGGGCCGGCUGCUGUUUCCUGCUCUGGAGAAAGGAGGGGGCCGCCACGCCGGAGGAGGGCCUGUUGUGGCCGUAGCCUCUGGUGAGCCCAAAGGAUGGAUGUUCUGAUGGGGAGAGAGAAGCGCCUUGUCCUUUGCAGCAAACAGGCCUCCCCCAAGACCCGCCUGAGCUCCUUGGACCAGACUGCACUGGCACGAGUGAGCAGAAAUGCUUCUGGAGUGGACACGGAGAGCACCCCCAUGGCAAGGACCCAGGUCUAAGCUGCAGGUGGAGUGACCAGAACUCUGUUGCACUGAAUGGGGGCUCUCUGACAGCCCCCUCACUAUUUCCCAGGAAUGUCCAAGGUCAGAGGGACACAGCCACGUGCCACCCAGGGCCUUGGGCCCUUCACAUCCACGCUUGGACAUGGGCCAGGUACAUGCUUUGGAAGGUACUGCGACUGAGUGCUGCUGCCUGCAGAAUUGCAGCACCCUCUCCCCACCGUCUGGUUCACCUGGCCCUCAGAGGAGCUGCCCUUUUGGCCUGUCAAAGGUGGCUUCCUGGGCUCCUCCUCUCCUCCCUGUCUGCCUUCUCCUGUGUCUGCAUCUUGCCGGAGCACGCCUGCACUGCCAGGCAGUUGCUAGCUGGUGAGUCCUGUGGCUUAAAUUUCAGUGCCAAACUCCAGGGGCAUCUCUCAGCCAAAAUGGACAGCAAGUAAUGUUGCCGCCACAGAACUGCAGGGGGGGGGGGGGGGGGAGACAUGACUGUCAGCAGGAGACCUUGUUGUGUGGUUUUAAAAUAUAUUUAUAUAUAUUUUUCCACUUA